CUUUAUUUGUCAUAUCAAAAAUACUAUAAUACCAAAUUCACUAUUGAAGUUUAAAAUCAAUUCGAAUUAUUAUAUUACUAUAUCCGCGAACGCCAUAUUAUGUUAUAGCUUCUCUCAGAGUUCUGAUAGUUAUAAACAAUGGCUUUAAACGAAAAAAUACCUUUAAAACAGGCGGAAGUCUCCGUUCGACGUUUUAAUGACCUCGCCAUUCCACAUCAUUUGAGUCUCCUGAAAAAUCAUCGCAGCAAUAUCGAAAAAAGCCUAGCUUUGGGUGAUUGGAAUAAAAUUAAGAAAGAGGAAAUUAAUGCAACACGUGUAAUUAAACAAAUUAAGAAUCUGUUAAUUGAGAUGGAUGCUCUACGAGAAAGGGUCCGUUCUGAAGAUUUAGAACGUUUUGAUAUAAUGAUGGAAGAUGGUAAAAGCAAAGCUUUCCAAGGCAUGAGUGAAUAUUUAGAGCUGAAGUUAAAAGCACCGUCAUAUAAUAAAUACUCGGGCUUAUUGGAAAAUUAUGAAGAGGAAGAAACUCCCCCUCCAGCAGAAAUAGGACUAACCACAGCACAUCGUCAAGUAAUUCCUCCGAUAGAAACAAAGUAUGAACAGCAAGAAUAUCAAUUGCAACAGAGACAAGCUUGCUUGGAUGAACUAGAAGAGUUGCAAAACGAGAUCCGGGAUCUUAAUGGAAUGUAUCUUAAUAUGCAUCAAUUGGUCCAAGAACAAGGAAAUGAUGUACGAAUCAUUGCUGAUAACGCCGAAGAAGCCCUUGAAAAUGUGCAAAUUGGCGAGAGUAAUUUGCGCAAAGCUCUUACGUACAAAAAAGCAAUGUAUCCAGUGGUUGGCGCAUUGAUAGGCACUUGCGUAGGUGGCCCUAUUGGUUUGGUAGCCGGUUUGAAAGCAGGUGGUCUGGCCGCUGUGGGCUGUGGAAUUCUUGGAUUCACAGGUGGUUCCGUUUUGAAGAGCAACCCAUCAAUAAAUCCCACAGUUAUGCAAGGUAAUAUUGAAGAAGAAAGUUCACAAGAGCCUAUGGAAAUGGAAAGAAAGGAUGAAUGACCCUUAGCGUCGGAAAAACAAAGUAAGAAAUACACAAAAGAGGGUUGCACCCAAUUGGCAUUACACGUGGACACCAAUGGACAAUUAGAUUCUGUAGCGCAAACUACAACAGGUGUGAUAUGUAGAGUACGUAGUUACUGUUCUAUACAAUGAAGACUUAUUUAUUUAUAUAUGUAUGCGAAUUGUUUUUUUUACAUUAUAAAACUUUAAUAGUUUAUUUAAUAUGUACCAAAAUAAAGCCCAUAUGUUAAAGUAACAAGGGUUCAAGCUUUCACCGUGGAUUUAAUAUGUAAUU